AUGAGGCUUCUGUGUUCAGAACUUCACUCGCAACCAUUUUCAGAUCAGGGCUCUCGACUCCCUAUAAAGGUGUCAUCUGUGAGUGAAAAGGCUAAUAAGGACACCCCACACACACCCUGGACUCCUGUGCCCCUGAUCCGUUCUCAGAGAGUGGAAGCAACAGCAAAGUGGAAGGAACAAAGCACUGACGUCAAUUACGAGAUUAACCCUGAGCACAGGCAGCUGGAGGAGAGGCCUAAACAGCACUACCCAAAGCCCAGCCAUCGCGAUCGCCAGGCCCGAACCAUCUCCCGACCGCGGCGGCGGCGGCGGCGGUGGCGGCUGCGCCCGGCCUGCACCUUCACCGGACGAGCAUUCGGGCCCGCCCAGGAGUCGGCGACCGGCUGCCAAGGGCGAGGGGCAGCGGCGGAUCCGGAGGCCGCGGGGAGCCGAGGCGGCGCACCUCACUCGGCGGACGCCAGGGUUCCGCCCCGCUCCAUGACGGCCCGGCCGAGCCCGGGACGGGUGACUGAGCCGGUGGCGGCGGGGGCGGGCGGACGGGGCCCUGGCACCGAGAUCCCCGCCCCGUCCGCUGGGGGCGGCGGCGGCGGCGGCGGCGACGACUCGACUCCCGCAGCCCGCACUGUGACUGACGCAGUGACUGCGGCCCAUGUGACCCGGGACGGGCGGCUGCGAGAGUCACGUGACCAGGCCGCGCCCCUCCCGCAGGCAGCGCGGGGGCUGCCCGCCUGCUUGCUGCUCGCGAGGCGUCGCCCGCGGAGUUGACGUGCGGACUGACGUGCGGUGCGCCCGGGCCCGCGGCCUAGGGAGGCGAUGCGCAGGCCGCAGCGGAUUCUGCGGGAGCGGCGCCAGCGUCGGGCCGGCCGACCGAGCCCGGCCCCGGGCACACGCCCUCCUGCGCAGCCCGCUAGGGAGGCGCCUCGGGGCGGGGCGCAGCCGGGUCGACCGGUUCUGGGGCGCAGGUGAAGGCCGGGUCCCGGCUGCCCGAGUCCCGCAGCGCUCCGCAGGGCUAGGGAGGGAAGGGUGACGUGGAUGGCCGCAGCACGUCGUCCACAGCUGCGUGUGAUUUAGUGUGGGAGGAUGAGCCGGCCCCCCUGCAUCAUCUAAAAACAACAACAAAAAACCAUCGUGAGUCCUGGCGUCGAAGCAGGCCUGUAAUUCCAAUACUGCGGUGGCCGAGGCCAGGAGGAUCGCCACGAAUUCGGCCUCUGUGGGUUUCUUAGUGGAUUCAGGGCCUGUCUAAGCCACUAACAAAACCCUGUCGACACAACCGGCGAGCGCAAACACAGUCUUUCUGAAUGCUCCCCCUCUUAACAUUCUGCCAGCCGGGACAAGACAUAAUUUAAUUGAAAUUAAAGAUUAGACAGACAAGGUUUUAGAGUCUCCUGGAACCCAGUAAUAAUACUGCAAGAAAGAUGUCCCCUUCGUGUUUAUCUGAAAAGCAUACCAUCCUGUCAUUAGUGUCACAUGUCACCUAACUUGCUUUUAUUUGAUGGCGCCAAAUGAAGAUUCUCCACCACUAACA